GAGAGAAUGAUCAGGUUACACUUGUGUUCAGCUGCCUUGGAGACAACAGACUGGUUUAGGUAUUGCGUACAGAGUUGGCUCGGCUGAGGAUAUGGAGUUAAUAUGAAUUUUCCAUACAUUUAGCAAACUGCGGGAUUCAUAUCUUCUAUUGCAUCUGAUUAUUUCCCUGUCUUGAGAUGAGCUGGAGUUUUUUGCGAGAUGUGCUUAGCGGUGUCAAUAAAUACUCAACAGGAAUUGGAAGGAUAUGGCUUUCAGUUGUGUUUAUCUUCCGUGUACUUGUAUAUGUGGUAGCAGCAGAAAACGUGUGGAAAGAUGAACAGAAAGAGUUUGAAUGCAACAUCCGCCAACCAGGCUGUGAAAAUGUUUGCUUUGAUCACUUUUUCCCCAUCUCCCAGGUGAGAUUAUGGGCCUUGCAACUCAUAAUGGUGUCCACACCCUCACUUCUUGUUGUGCUGCAUGUUGCAUAUCGAGAGAGCAGGGAGAAGAGACACAACAAGAAGCUAUAUGAUACCCCAGGAAGUAUGGAUGGAGGCUUAUGGUGCACAUAUGUGAUCAGUCUGAUCUUCAAAACCAUGUUUGAGUUUGGCUUCCUAAUAGGAUUUUAUAAGUUAUAUGGUGGUUUCAAUGUCCCUCGAUUGGUGAAAUGUGACAUGGAUCCUUGUCCUAACCUCGUAGAUUGCUAUAUCUCCAAGCCAACAGAAAAAAGGAUUUUUCUGUAUUUUGUGGUGGCAACUUCAUCUCUUUGUAUUCUGCUCAACCUUAGUGAGUUUGUAUACCUUCUGUUCAAAUAUUUCUCAAAAUGUUGCCUGAAAAGGUAUGUACAAAAAUUAAAAUCUACUAACUGUGAAUGCCAGAACAAGCAACAUUUGAAACACAGAAAAAUAGAAAUAUCAACUCCCUUACAACAAACCCUCUCACCAGGAGUGCAAGCUGCCGAUUAAGCAAUACUUCCACAGAACUGUCUAGUUAUGCAGAUUCAAGUGGUUUUAAUGUAGAUCUAGUUCCCUGGUUUCAGUGGUUUAACUGAAUACUAGACUACAACAUUCAAAAUUUCAUAUGAACUGCGAUUCGUCUAAAUUUUGGGCAAUCAACGAUUCAUCCAAGUUCUGUAACAAACCGUUUUGUUUUGUGAUUUGGAGUUUGAACAGUGGUGUCGAAAAAAAUUGAUGGU